UCACCUCACCCCCUGUCUUUCUUUAUAUACGACAAUCCACCUAGCAUUGUAAACAUAUUAUUGUUCUCUUCUGCUCUGUUCUAAAGCUUAAAAGCCUGCAUCCUUUUUCUUGGAUUCUCACACAGAUCUCUGCAAAUUCAAGACAAAAAAGAAGAUGAAGAAAGUUGUGUUGAAAUUAGACUUCUUGGAUGAAAAAAUCAAGCAAAAAGCCAUGAAAAAUGUCUCCAGUCUCACAGGUGUAGAUUCAAUAUCAAUGGAUAUGAAAGACAAGAAACUGACAGUAACAGGGGAUGUAGAUCCAGUGACAGUUGUGUCAAAACUGAGAAAGAUUUGUCACACAGAGAUUGUAUCAGUUGGUCCAGCAAAGGAGCCAGAGAAGAAAGAUGGCGGUGGUGGUGGUGACAACAAGAAGAAAGAAGAUGAUAAAAAGAAAGAAGAAGACAAGAAGAAAGAAGAAGCUAAGAAGAAAGAAUUAGAAGCCAAAAAGAAAGAAGAAGAAGCUUUGAAAUUAGCUUAUGCUGCUGCUGUUGCACAUCAUCAUAAUCAUCAGCCAUACCCUUAUUAUAACUAUCAUCAACAGCAGCAGCAACCUUACUAUCAGUAUAAUCAUCCUCCCACACCAUACUAUUCAAAAGUUGUUCAUGAUGAGAACCCUAAUAGUUGUGUUAUUAGUUGAUGAACAUGAAUAGUGUGAGUUGUCAAAUCUGUUGGUGAAAUCCAGGGGGGUAGAUCUUGGAUGGUGAGGUUGAUGUUGAUGGAGUGAGCAAUUUGCUGCUUUUUUUAGUAAUGUAAAUCAUAUCUUUAAUUAUAUUGUAGUUAUUAGUUUUUAAGAGGUUAUAUUUGCCAGA